AUGAGAAAAAGGUAUAUAUAUAGCACAGUGGAAUAUUUCCACAGUUCCUGCCAGUACUCCUACGCUUUCACCCCUCUCACCACAGACACCAUCUCUUCGCCAAUGGGCUUGGGAUCUGACUCAGAACCAGUUUCUGUAAACCUGCUGGGCCAGGACAUCUACCUGGCUGACUCAGUGCAAUUUGUACUUGAAUACUUCCUUUGCUUCCAAGACAACCUGCCGGGGACGUACUACAUAUCCCCCAGCUUUAGAGGGGAAGAUCCUGAUGCCAAACACUUGAACCAGUUCUACCACGUGGAGUGUGAACUGUUGGGUGACAUGGACAAUGCCAUUUCCAUAGCAGAGGGAUAUUUGGCUCAUCUCACCAAGUCCAUGUUGAAGAAACACUCUGAUAUGAUUCUCAACACUGCCGGGACCCUUACACAUGUCAAAGCCAUGCUGAGUAAGCUGGAUGGAAAAACCCCACUCCCAAGAGUCCCUCUAGACCAGGCCAUUCCCAUGAUGCCAUCCGCUGACUGCUUAGAUUGGGUACAAGAUGGCCAGCCGCAUUUUGGCAGAAAGCUUACACGCAAAGGAGAGCGUGUCUUGAUAGAGAAAUAUGGUGGCGCUGUUUGGCUGACUGAGAUGGACCAUCUAGGAGUUCCCUUCUACCAGGCUUAUGUGGAGGGAACUGGACGGUGCAAAGCCAAAGCUGCUGACCUUCUCCUGGGGCUGGGUGAGACUGUGGGUCUAGGCGAACGUCAUUCCACCCCUGAGAUGGUACUGGAGGCCCUCAGGCACCAUGCAGUACCAGAGCAGUCCUACAAAUGGUACACUUACAUGCGUCAAGUGAAACCACUCCUCACCAGUGGAUGGGGCAUGGGGACGGAGAGCUAUUUGUGUUGGCUUCUUCAGCAUAAUGACAUCAGAGAUAUACAUAUCAUUCCUAGGAUGAAAGGAAUGAAGUACAUGCCCUGA